AUGUCCGUCCACACCCCCCCACUCUCCCGCAGUGGCUCCUCCCCUUCUUCUGUCGGCUUGGCCAAUCGCAGCAGUCCCCCUGCCGCCCCUCCCACCUCCCUCAGCCUGCGCUCCUCCUACAACCAACUCCUGGGCCAUGAUGUCAUAAAGGAGUCCCCUACCGCCAUGGAAAUGGGGAGUUCCGCCACUUUACCCAAGAGUCGCCAUAGAUACGCCAUGACCAGUGUGCAUAGCGCCAUGGGACUGAGCGACAACCCUCGCCCCUCAGGCCCGAAACCAGCCCCCCACCAGCGGCAGACGCCUUCCCACCAAGUCCUCUUCAUCCUCUGCUCUCUACUCCUCCUCCUCUUCCUCAUUAUUCUCCACCAACCCCAAGCUGGCAAAGAACGGUGCCAACCUGCAGAAGAAGGCCGAGACCCAGCAACAGGAGCAGAGUAAAACCACCACAGAGGUCAAAGAGCAGGAUGACAUCAUCACCCCCAUACACAGCUCUGAUUGGAUGGAGGGGGAGAACGACAACUCACAGGCCCCGCCCCCAUUCUGUCGGAGGACCAAGAGCUUUCUGGAGUUCCAUGAGAAGGAAGAGGACCCACCCAGUAUAGGAAACAAAGAGGAAGUCUCUCCUAGUGGAGGAAAUAAGGAAGAAGAUCUUCCCAGCAAGGAAGAGGAGGAAGAGGAUGAGAAGCACCCCUGCCCAGAGAAAGACCAAGGCAGCCCGAAUAAAGAGAGAGAGAGACCGGAGGAGGAGAAACAGACCCCAAAACAGGAAGAUUACAAAGAGGAAGAGGGUGCCACUCCAACUGCUACACAGCCCCUACUACAGGGGGCACACUCUCCCACCAUCUCUCCCCUAAACUAUCUCAGCUGGGCCCAAGAGAACAAGAUCCAGAGUUGCCCCCCACCCCAGGGCAGAGAGGAUGCCCUAACUCAGGCCCAGGGUCACCCACACAGCGUCGAGACGCCCCCCAAACCUCCCCGAAGUGCCCAGGCUCCCCCUCCCAGAGUGAUCAAGGUGGAACUGCACCCCAACAAUGAGAACCCGUACCUCCACCGCCCCCCCUCUGCAUCCCAUAAGCAGCCCAGGGGGGAAGAGAGCAUCCCUCUUCUGCUCCAGACCCUGCCAUCAUCCUUCAGCCCGGACCCAGAGAGAGGUUCCUCU